CCCCGCCCCGAGCCCCGCGGGCGGGCAGGGGCAGCCGGCUGUCCCCGGUGUCCGGGCGCUCCCCCCGGCCGGGGCAGGGCUCCUCUCCCUGCGGUAUUACCCGCACACCGGGGUGCCGGCACUGCACGGCGAUGCCAGGCGGAUCCCAUGGGCGGGGGCAGCACCGGGCAUGGUCCCGCCGCCCGGCCCAGCCCCGUGUGGGGUGCCACUCGCCUGGGCCUCCGGUCGCGUCCCGCCGGUGCCGCAUCGGCCGGGACACUGGCAUUGCAGCCCCGGCCUCGCCUGCUGCCUCCCGGCUCCGGGAGCGUUACCGGAGCUCGCCGUGCGGGAGCUGCCCCCGCCGCUCUCGGGGCUGAGCUGGGGCUGCUGGCGGCUGCUGCCUGCGCCGGGAGGGGCUGAGCCCCGUCACCCGCUCCGUGCCGGCACCGGCCCCGCCGAGCCCCAGCGCGUCCGCCCGGCCCCCGGGCCCUGAGGACACGGGUCCCCCGCAGCCGUGGGGCGGCCGGUGCCGCGGGCCGGGCUGCUCGUGGGGCAGCAGGAGCCUCUGCCGGCGCGGCGCAAGGCGGGGGAGCCCCCGAGCUUCCCGGUGGCACUGGCGAGGUGGCGUCUCUGCCGGGAAGGGCUGGGGCUGCGGUUGGUUCGCGGCAGGUGAGAGGGGUUUUCCAUCGGGCCGUGGCUGCCCACACCAGCACACGUCAGCCCCGAGGUUGUGCAGAGGGAAGCAAGGGCAGAGCUUUGGUUCCACGAGCUGCCCCUGCGCUGGCACAGCUGCAGAUCAGAUUUCACUUGAAGUUGGGCAGAACUCUGUCACAAGCGGCCGCAGCCACCUCUGCCAUCCUGUGCCACCUUCUUGAAAGAGAGGAAGAGGUUUUAGCUGUGGGGAAGUCCGCCAGCGCAGGGGGAUUUGGGGAACAGAGGGCCCAGGGCCAGCCCGGGCUGUGACCCCACGCUGCUGGAACCAUGGCCAUGCAGGAUGGGCCUGGUGCUGGUGCUGGGGGUCUCCCUGCUGGACCUCCCACUGUCCUGAACACCUCGUUCCUGCGCUGAGGCCUUGCAGAGCUGGGGGCUCUCCCAGGGACCCCCUCAGCCCCUCCCACUGCAGCUGGGACACCCCGGGGUGCGGUGGGGCCGCCCUGGUGACCUGUGUCUGUGGUUUGCCUCUGUGGCCAAGGCAUCAGAGCUUUGUAAUUCUGCAGCAACGCGCGGUCCUCUGCAGCCUCGCCCAGGGGUAAGCCAGAGCUUGUUUGGGUGUUUCUGUCCGCUACACGCAGACAACAUUUUUUGCUCCUGCUCUGCAUUGGGUCAUCUGGUGACAUGUUAAUCGUGAGGGUUGUCACAGAGUGUUCCCGCCUAACAAGUCCUGUGCCGCCCUGGCGAGGAGUGAGCUGGGACACGACUCAGGAAUAAUCGGACAUGCCAGCUGAAGGGCGGCUGGGAGCUGCACACAAAGCACAUCAUGUCCUGCGCAGGUGAAGCAAAGCUAAACUCCUCGGCAAACAGGGAAAUGUUGUUACAGCCCGGCUCAGUUCCGCGACUGCGGGUGUCACUGGCCUGACGAGGAGCAGCCCUGAGCCUGCAACAUGUCCCUUCCGCCUACGUCCCACGAGAGGCACAGCCCAGCCGGAGAAACCGGCAUGUCUGAGCAGUGGCAGCUGUGGGAGAUUCAGCCCUGCAGUGCCUGUCGUGGCGUGGGGUGCAUGGGGGUGUUGUGGCUCUGCUCCUGCCCAUACCGGGACCCUGGGGACAUGGCAGACCCCUCUCCCCUGUGCAGCGACUCUGCGGGGUGGACAGCUGAGCCCCCGUUCCCGGGAGCCAGCCCAGGGCAUGGCCAGUGCCUGGCAUGGCCUGGCUGCUCCUUGGUGCCCUGACACUGUGCUGGUGAGAACCUGUGCCUGCCAGCUUGGGGCAUUCCUGUGUCUGUGUCGGUAUGCACCACUGGGGAGAGAUCCAUGGGUCUGUAUGCACCCCCUUCCCAGCCCACCAGAGCCCUGAGAAAACAGCUCUUGCUGAGGGCCAGGGUGGGCUCACUGCCUGGUGUUCCCUGCACACGUGUACUUGUGUUCUGUGUGUAUCGCUUGUGUGGAGCCCCCCGAGUGCUGCCCGCACCUUGUGGUGCUGGGGCCAGGCAAAGGUGUCUCUGCAUGUGCAGAGCUGCUGUGGUAGGGGGACAGGUGAUGGUGGAACGCAAUGCACGGGCAGUGCUGUGGGUUGAUACCUUGGCAGUGCUACAGCUGCUGAUGACAAAGUCAACAGCAGAUAAAGUUACAGAAUUACCCUGAGCCGUUGCUGUUUGUGUCUGCAGCUGUACCGCAGAGCAAGGUCAGGCUGCUCGCGCCGGGCGUCGUGUCCCCCGCGUGUGACCACAGUGAGAUGUUGUGUCUGGGAGCGGGGCUGGGAAGGGAGCUGCUCUGGCUGGUGGGACCCUGUGAGCACCCGGGGCACGGGGGCCUUCCUAGGAACCUGCCAGCAGUGAGGGGAGCAGAGGAGAGGGGCCAGGGACACUCCAGGUGAAGGGGACUGUGACCUGAGCUUCAGGAUAGGGGGUGGGAGUGGGGAUAUGUGUGUGCAGCACAGCUGCAGGGCUGCAGGCUCAGCCCUGUGCCAGCCUGCGUUGGGGGCAGAGCGGGUGCUGUGCUGCAGGGAAAUGUUUUAUUAUUGAUUUGGUCCCUCUGGCUGUCGCUGUUGCCUGUUUUGUUUUCUUCAGUGUUUUGCCCUUCCUCUGCUGGCUCCCUGCUCUGCCGGGGCUGCGGUCGUGCUGUGUCCCCACGCUCCUGAGGUGCCUGCGGGCAGGGGUGCAGCCCCACCACUGUUCUGCCUCCCGGAACUCUUGGGCAGAUGGGCAGUUGCGUCACUGUUGGAGCUUGUGCAAUCUCUGCAACCCGAAAGCCAAAAAUUGACCUGAUUUUUCCAUGAAAGUUGGUUUCUAUUGAUUGUCGUGUAGUGCCAGGCCAUGCGGCACAGCGUGCUUGGUGCGGAGGAGCGCGGGUGUCUGUGCCAUGGCGUGGGCUGUGGGGAUGCAGUGGCCAUGGCCGGGCAGGACAGACCUCACUGAGAGCUGCUGGGUGGCGCUCAGUGUGCUGCUGGUGUGCGGGACAGCACUGCACAGAGCAGCCGCUCCAGGCCAGCUCCUGGCGUGUGCAGAUACCUGCAAGCGAUGGCUCAGAUGGUUAAAUGCCCAAGAGGAGGGUUUGUGAUCCUGGUGGAUGUGGCUGCAGUUCCUGCUUCACCCCUUCGCUGCCCCCUAAGUGGCCAAGGAGAGUGAUGCUGAGCAGCCCCGUGAAGUGGGGGGACAGCAGCCGUUUGGAUCCAGCCUGGUGGUCCUGCUCUCUGCUCCCUCCCAGCCCCGGGGUUCCCUGAAAGCAGAUCCUGUUCUCUGUAGCUUUGUCCUGCAGCCUGGUGUCCCCAUCACAGGCAUUGUCUUUGGCAGGCACGGGUCAGUGUGCGGGUCCAACGCAAGCAGUUUAUGUAAGAGGUUCUUCCUGUCCACACGCCCUGUGGCACCCAGAUAAGCCACCAUGACAAGGGCCUUUUGUCAGCUCCUCUCCCUAGCAUGACAUGUCACAGGCGCCAGGUGCAGCAACUUGUCACCUGCCCAGGCACGGCUGCCAGCGCCUACAUGAGGCAUCUGAAGAGCAGGCGGGGGCAGCCAGCCAGCCCGCCCACCGCCCUCCCCAGGCCAGGGUCUGGCUCGGGACCUGCCCCUGGCACACGUGCCCUCCAUAUAUCUCGGCAGGGCUCCCUGGGCUGGGCUGUGCGCCCAGGGUCUGCCAGGGACAGCUCCUGACUAGGCCACGGCGGUUAGGGUAAGUGCCAUGUGUCCAUGGGGAGCCAGGGCCCCCUCGGGCCCACACGGGGUCCUGGGGUAUGGCAGCCCCCGUGGUGGUUCAGAGGCCGGGCACCCAGGUGGGCCUGGCCUGGGAACGCUGCAGCCGGGUGCCUGCCCUGCAGAAGUAACCCAGUUUAACAGAAAAACCUGCCAUGUGCCAGAUUUUCUGGGCUGUUCUCAGCAUCUCAGUUACCAAGGUGACUGUUUCCUGUGCGAUUGCUAGUGCUUCAUGAUCUCCAUCAUGAUAUCCGAGUGACUUCCUUUUCUCUGUAAGGAGCUGUAGGACCCGGGGCUGCCCAGACCCUGCUGAGGUGCGGAGGAUUCAGAUCGUGCUGCUGUUCCAGACGGCCUGUCCCGGCUGCCGCAGGCUGGUCCCCAUGCUCUCUGGGGCUGAGCGGAGAGGCCGGCGCACCCUGGGGUGCUGACGCAAGGGGGACCCACCGCUCCCAGGACCCUCCUGCUCCCCAGCCAGAGGAACCCCGAUACUCUGAUGGAUCUGAGGCCCUGCUCGCUGCUCCUGCUCUGGACUCUGGUGGUUGCCCUCACUCUCCUGGCCCAGGAGGUGCUGGCCCAACGUAUCUACACCAACACCUGGGCCGUGCUCGUCCCCGCGGGGCCCCAGGAGGCUGACAGGCUGGCCAGGAAGCAUGGAUUCCUCAACCUGGGCCCGAUCUUUGGUGACUAUUACCACUUCCGGCACAGCGGCGUGGUGAAGCGUUCCCUCUCGCCCCACCAGUCCUGGCACAGCCGUUUGGCCAGGGAGCCGCAGGUGCAGUGGCUGGAGCAGCAGGUGGCAAAGCGCAGGACCAAGCGAGACGUGUUCAUGGAGCCCACGGACCCCAAGUUCCCGCAGCAGUGGUACCUGUACAACACAAACCAGCGGGACCUGAACGUGCGACAGGCCUGGGCGCAGGGGUACACGGGCAAGGGCAUUGUGGUGUCCAUCCUGGAUGACGGCAUCGAGAAGAACCACCCUGACCUGGAGGGCAACUACGAUCCAGGGGCGAGCUUUGAUGUCAACGACCAGGACCCCGACCCACAGCCACGCUACACACAGAUGAACGACAACAGACACGGCACGCGCUGCGCCGGGGAAGUUGCUGCCGUGGCAAACAACGGGAUCUGCGGUGUCGGCGUGGCGUACAAUGCCAGGAUCGGAGGUGUGCGCAUGUUGGACGGGGAAGUGACAGACGCUGUGGAGGCCCAUUCCUUGGGCCUCAACCCCAACCACAUCCACAUCUACAGUGCCAGCUGGGGCCCCGAGGAUGACGGCAAGACAGUGGAUGGCCCAGCGCGGCUGGCGGAGGAGGCUUUUUUCCGCGGGGUCAGCCAGGGCCGAGGGGGGCUGGGCUCCAUCUUCGUCUGGGCGUCCGGGAACGGGGGCCGCGAGCACGACAGCUGCAACUGUGACGGUUACACCAACAGCAUCUACACACUGUCCAUCAGCAGCACCACGCAGUACGGCAACGUGCCCUGGUACAGCGAGGCCUGCUCAUCCACCCUCGCCACCACCUACAGCAGCGGCAACCAGAAUGAGAAGCAGAUUGUAACGACUGACCUCCGGCAGAAAUGCACUGAAUCGCACACAGGGACGUCGGCCUCGGCGCCCCUGGCCGCGGGCAUCAUCGCCCUCGCCCUGGAAGCCAACAAGAACCUGACCUGGCGGGACAUGCAGCACCUGGUGGUGCAUACGUCAAAGCCGGCUCACCUCAAUGCCAACGACUGGGUUACCAACGGCGUCGGCCGCAAAGUCAGCCACUCGUACGGCUACGGCCUGCUGGACGCUGGGGCCAUGGUCAGCCUGGCCAAGAACUGGACCACAGUGGGACCUCAGAGGAAAUGUGUCAUCGAUGUCCUCACGGAGCCCAAGGACAUCGGGAAGCGCCUGGAGGUGCGGCGGAAGGUGGACGCCUGCCUGGGGAAAGCCAACUACAUCAGCCGGCUGGAGCAUGCGCAGGCCAGGCUGACACUGUCCUACAACCGGCGCGGGGACCUGGCCAUCCACCUAGUCAGCCCCAUGGGCACCCGCUCCACCCUCCUGGCUGCCAGGCCCCACGACUUCUCAGCCGAUGGCUUCAAUGACUGGGCCUUCAUGACUACACACUCAUGGGAUGAGGACCCAUCCGGGGAAUGGGUGCUGGAGAUCGAGAACACCAGUGACGCCAACAACUACGGCACGCUGACCAAAUUCACGCUCGUGCUGUACGGGACCGCCACUGAGUCCCCCAGCCUCUCCAACCAGCUGGAGAGCAGCGGCUGCAAGACCCUGACCCCCAGCCAGACCUGUGUGGUCUGCGAGGAGGGCUACUACCUGCACCAGAAGAGCUGCCUGAAGCACUGCCCUCCCGGCUUUGCACCCGGUGUCCAGAGCACGCACUACAGCCUGGAGAACAGCGUGGAGCCCAUCGCCCCCCAGCUCUGCCUGCCCUGCCACCCUUCCUGCGCCACCUGCGCGGGGCCUGGCCCCAACCAGUGCCUGACCUGCCCCGCACACUCGCACUUCAGCAGCUUGGACCUCUCCUGCUCCCACCAGACACAGAGCAGCCGCGCGUCCCCUGCCCUGGCAGACAGCGAGGGGCUGGCCGAGACCCCCUCUGCAGCCAACCUGCCCGUCCUCAUUGCCAGCCUCAGCUGUGUCCUCAUUGUCAUCAUAUUCGUCACUGUCUUCCUGGUGCUGCAGGCACGCUCAGGCUUCAGCCUACGGGGCGUGAAGGUCUACGCCCUGGACAGUGGGAUCAUCUCCUACAAGGGGCUUCCCUCUGACAUCUGGCAGGAGGAGGGCCCCUCGGAGUCGGACGGUGAGGAGAACGAGGCGCACAGCGAGAGGACUGCCUUCAUCAGAGACCAAAGUGCCCUUUGAUGAGCCCUCCCGCCCCUCCCUCCUCCCUGCCCAGCACCGCGGGGCCGGGGCAGGCGAGGCCGAGGGGCCCCAGACUCUGUCCCUGUCCCAUCCUCUCCCACAGCGCAGCAGCCCAGGGCUCCCCAUCUGCCAGCACUGUCCCCCAGCCCCGGCCUGGGCUGCUGGGCACGGCUCUGCCAGCACCGUCCCCGGCUCGGCACCGUCCCACUCUUGCACCAUCUCUCUUGGCCCUGUGCUGGCAGCUGCGUCCCCUACCCCAGGCAGGUGGCUGUUGCAGGGCAUCCCAUGAGCUGGGGCUCCCUGGGUUGUCACUGCCCUGAGCCCCCCUGCAGCACAGCGUCCCCCUGCUGCCCUCGGCACCCCUGGGCCUCUGCCUGCGCCCAGCUCCCCGCUGCCCCGAGGGCCUGUCCACCCCACCUGUGCCCUUCAACAGCAAUAAUGGCCAGGCCUCAGCGCUGCUGCCUGCCCGCUGCCCACACAUCGCAACGCAACUGUGGCUGCCUGUGGCGCACACAGGAGCCCCUGCUCCAGUGCGUGGGGCAGAGCAGCCCCUUCCCUGUGCCCAGGGCUCAGCCCCCGCAGGCAGAGACCCCCUCACACAGACCCCGCUCCGUGGGGCUGCCCCCAUGCUGCUGGCCAGGGCGGUUGGGCAGUGCUGGUGCCUGCGCUGCCCUGGCUCUGCCUGCACCCUGCCUGUGCUGGGCAGAGCCCGGCGUCCCUGCAGCCCCCACACCCCUGCCCCCCGAUGUGCCUUGCCCCCACUUGGUGACAAUCCGUUCUGCUCCCCGCUGGAGCCCCCUCCCGGCACCGCCUGCCCACGCUGCCCCUUCCCCGCGGGCUGGGGGCCGGUGCCGCGAGCCCCUUCGCCGUCCGCCGCUGCACACCGGGGCUGUGGCACGGGCUCCCGCCAGCCCCGGCCCCUGCGGACGGAGCUGCCGGCCAGGGGCCACAGGACUAUUUUUCUAUAAUAACUUUUUGGUGCACAGUAAUUUUUUCUUGUAAUUUAAUCAGCCAGGAGCUGCCUCCUGAGCCUGUUUUUAAUUUAAUGGAUGUGGAUAUAACGCUAGAGAGACUGAGUUAUUAAAUGUUCAGAACUAUGCAAA